AUGAAUGUCUUAGAAGCUUCAGAUACUGUGAAGUGCAAGGCUUUUUCUACGACUUUGAGAGGAAGUGUUAAAGAUCGACUUGUAUUUAUUGAUGAUAUUCUGAUAUACUCUGAUGAUGAAACCGAGCAUGCCGAGCAUCUGAGACUUGUAUUACAGACUUUACGAGAUAAACAGCUCUAUGCAAAGUUUAGUAAAUGUGAAUUCUGGUUACGUGAAGAAGGCAAAGUUAUGGCUUAUGCUUUGAGACAAUUGAAGUCGCACGAAAAGAAUUAUCCGACACACGACCUUGAGCUAACUAGAAGAUGGUUAGAGCUGUUGAAAGACUAUGAACUUGUGAUAGAUUAUCAUCCGGGUAAAGAAAAUAUUGUUGCUGAUGCGUUGAGUCGAAAAUCAUUGUUCGCAUUAUGUGCUAUGAAUGCUCAUUUAGAUCUGUUUGAAGAUAGUUCAGUUUUGAUAGAAUUGAAAGCGAAACCGUUGUUUUUACAACAAAUAUGUGUUGCACCGAAGAUUGAUAGUGAUAUGCUAGCAAAACGAACUCAGUGUGAUUCAAAUUCUAAUUCUGAAUUUCGAAUUGAUGAUAAUGAUUACUUGAGAUUUCGAGAUCUAAUUUGUGUUCCAAGAAAUCCAGAUCUAUUGCAGUUGAUCCUGAAAGAAGCUCAUAAUAAUCAUAUCUGUUCAUCCCGGAAGUACAAAGAUGUAUCAUGA